CUAUCCAGAGGUAUCAAUCCUUCCGAGCACCUGCCGGCUCCCUGAAAUCUGCUCAACGAUGAUCGCCGUCCUGUGCCUCGUUGCUGCUCUCCUUGGCAAUGCCAUGGCCGUGUACAUCCCAACGUACGGCGUGCCUGCGGCUGGCUACCCCGGCGUACCUGUUGCCGGCUACUCCGGCGUGCCAGCUGUCACGAGUGUACAUGCCGCCCCCGUUGCCGCACUCCAGACCGUCCACCAGGGCGUGCCAGUGAGUCCCACUGUCCACAACGUGGCUACCCCAUACGGCUACCGCACAACCGGCGUUAGCUACAGCCACAGAGUCGACGCCCACCCAGUGCGCGCACGCUACGCGUACGGCCUCACGCCUUACGGGGUCGAUUACGGAUAUGGGCUUGGCGCCUACGGAUACCCCACUGUGCUGAAGAAAUGAGACAACAAAAAGCCUCCAAAUGUGUUUCGUCAUCAAAGUUAUCUGACAAACAACUGCAGCGAGACACUUUGAGGAGUACAGUGCUUUGAGAGAUAUGUCACAUGACCCUUUUCCACCCUGAAAAAGAAAUAAAUAAAAGCAACCAAUCUGGUGUUCUUCUUUGA